AUGAGCAAUAAUCAGAAAUCACACCCCUCGGAAGUCAAAACACUAGGACGUAGUCCGAAGUCCCUCACCGCGCCUUUAGCUGCUUUCACUAUGGCGAUUGUCCUCGGUUCGUGGUGUAUUAGCUCGAUCCGAUCUGCACGUCGGGAUGCGCGAUAUCAUCUAUCUGAUCGUGAUGAGGGUGCUGCUUCUUCUUCUCGAGGACAGGGCUCCGAACCCGGGUGGUUGACGAAGGCGUUGGAGGAUAGUAAGGGGAAGUAG